UUUCUUUUCAAUCACAUUGCUCCAAAUACAAAGUCGGAUAUGUGUACCCAACACGCCCAACUACUGGUUGAAUGAAAGAUGAAACUUAGACGUUGAUGAUAAGGAAAGAGUAGUAAGUAGGUGGGUAACCCCUCAUGUGAUUGUGCUGCUUGUGUAUGCCUAAUUCCUCUUCAAUAUCUCUCUUACAUUCCACCAACCCAACCACCAUUUCCCCAAAUAAAAUAAUCAAACCCCUUCACUUAUAAAUACACCCACCACACACUCUUAUCCUUCGUUCACUCGUUCGUUAGAUCUAACUACUCACCCACUUCCCUCUUUCUCAUUCUUUUCUCUACCCAACGAAACAGAGUAAGAACAAAUGGCGCGCAAGAAGAUCAGAGAGUACGACUCCAAGAGGUUGUUGAAGGAGCACUUUAAGAGACUCUCUGGCAAGGAGUUGCCGAUCAAGUCUGCACAAAUUACUGUAUCAACUGAUUUCACUGAGCUACAAGAGAAGGAACCUUGGCUUUCAUCAUCCAAAUUGGUUGUGAAGCCUGACAUGUUAUUUGGAAAGCGUGGCAAAAGCGGUUUGGUUGCCUUGAAUUUGGAUUUUGCACAAGUUGUUUCGUUUGUGAAAGAGCGUCUUGGAAAAGAGGUUGAGAUGAGUGGAUGCAAGGGACCCAUAACAACUUUCAUUGUUGAACCUUUCAUCCCACACAAUGAAGAGUUUUACCUUAACAUUGUCUCCGAGAGACUUGGGAACAGCAUAAGCUUUUCAGAAUGUGGAGGAAUUGAAAUUGAAGAUAACUGGGAUAAGGUUAAGACUGUAUUUGUUCCAACAGGCAUAUCUAUUACGUCAGAAAUCGUUGCCCCACUUGUUGCAACCCUUCCCUUGGAGAUCAAGGGAGAAAUUGAGGAAUUUCUCAAAGUGGUUUUCACUCUGUUUCAAGACCUGGAUUUCACUUUCUUAGAGAUGAAUCCUUUCACAUUGGUUAAUGGAAAGCCUUAUCCUUUGGAUAUGAGAGGCGAGCUAGAUGACACUGCUGCUUUCAAGAACUUCAAGAAAUGGGGAGACAUUGAAUUUCCACUACCAUUUGGAAGGGUUAUGAGUGCCACUGAGUCUUUCAUUCAUGGAUUAGAUGAAAAGACAAGUGCAUCUUUAAAAUUCACAGUGUUGAACCCAAAGGGCCGAAUUUGGACAAUGGUAGCUGGGGGAGGUGCUAGUGUCAUCUAUGCUGAUACGGUAGGAGAUCUUGGCUUUGCAUCUGAGCUUGGAAACUAUGCCGAAUACAGCGGUGCACCCAAAGAAGAGGAGGUCUUGCAGUACGCCAGAGUUGUAAUUGAUUGUGCAACUGCAAACCCUGAUGGCCAGAAGAGAGCUCUUGUGAUUGGAGGAGGCAUAGCCAACUUCACUGAUGUUGCUGCUACGUUUAGUGGUAUAAUUCGGGCACUAAAGGAGAAGGAAUCAAAAUUGAAAGCAGCAAGGAUGCACAUCUAUGUGAGGAGAGGUGGUCCCAACUACCAGAAGGGUCUAGCUUUAAUGCGAGCACUUGGAGAUGAGAUUGGCAUCCCCAUUGAGGUUUAUGGACCCGAAGCCACAAUGACUGGAAUUUGCAAAGAGGCAAUACAGUUCAUUACUGCUGCUGCUUAAGGUCAACACUCAACACCUUCAUUUACGGUAUUUUCAUGUCUAGUCCGAAGUGAACGUUGAUUCUUAAUUUCCUUUCCUGUUCCUGGAAUUUGGAAAUUUAGCCAGAGUACAUGUUUAUAAAAUCAAGCCAUCCAAGAAAGAGUGGCCGAGGAUGUUGUCACAUUGUUUUUGUAGAAUUUUGAUGGCACUGUCUUUACACAAUAAAGAGUGUUUUUCGUUUGACUGUUAUAA